CUACCUUUUUUAUUUUCCUACUUCGCAUACUAAGCUUCAUCGCAACCUAUCUGUAGCUACUAGUUAGCGUAAAUCCUGCACGUAUCAAAAAAAAACAGUUAAUCCUGCACCAAGGUAUAUUAUCUGAGAUAUUUUGGAGAUAAGUAGUCGCUACAGCGAAAAGAUAUACCUGGCAUUCAAUUUAACCAUGUCUAGCGUGCAAGAACUCACAAACCCACAGGUGUGCCAACUAUUGCCGUCUUCGGCUGAAAACUUCCGUGGAUACCCCUGUAAAGUUGUCACCGUUGCCUCCAGGCCUCACAUUUCGGAUGAGGGGACAGACACAACCAUUCAGGGGAGGCUAUACAAUAUUGAUCCAAUUACAAAGACAGUUAUAUUGUUCAACAAGGCAUGCGAAUCGCAGGAGACGCUGGUAAGUUACCUUUUCAAUGUUGUUCCGAUAAGUUCAGUUGAGAAGCUAGUUGUAACCGAGAUUCUGGAAACAGAACUGGUAGGGCUAGAGUUGGCUAGGGUGGCCGAAUUCUUGGGGGAAGGAAUUAAUGCGAAAAGUUUCGCCACCUGAAAAUAGGACUGCCAAUGCAAAAUAAAUAAAUAAUGAUACUCCUUUGGGAGGCUACCUCCCCUUGAGAACCCAACCCCGAGACGGAUGGAUCUGAGUCAAGACCUCGAAGCACACAAAAAUGA